AUGGACAACGCCUUCGCCUGCCGACCGCGCCGCGUCCACGACGUCCACAUCCGCGUCCACCGCCACCAGGACCGGGACAGGCCUAGCCCCGCCGACGAGGAAUCUGACGACCGGCUGGGUGGCGAGGGAGGGCCCUAUGAGCGGGUUAUUAAUCGCAAAGGUCAGGCGUUUUAUGUGCCGCUCAUUGUCAGCAUCAUCAGCACGGUCCAGAUGGUGAAUGUGGACUUCACCGGGAGCAUCGGCCUGGGUUCUGCAAAAGGCGCACAAUUAUACUUGCUUUGCAAAAUGGACGAGGAAUGUUUCCCUCCAGACCGCUGCGAUAAAGACGGUCCUAUGAAGAAAGACAAUGCAUUCGGGAGAGGCGAGAAGGGGCCGCCGGACGUGCCACUUGCGCUGGCAAGCUUCUCGGCCGUGACGUUCGAGGACAUCGGCGCUGCCACGGUGGACGGAGAGGCGCUGGACUUGGCCGGGGAAAGGAUCCUCAAUAUCGACCUCGAGGCGCCCGCCGGCUGGCUCGGAUCGUCGCUGCGGCGACACUGGCUGGAGAGCUCUUGCUCUUCAACCCCUGUGCAGGCCCUGCGCGGGAUCCUCCUGCCUAGAGAACAGCAGCAGAAGCAGGGCCAGUCAAUGACGGAGCUUGAGUUGUGGAGGUCGGCGCGGAUGCGCUGCGAGACGGCCUUGCGCUGCAUAAUCAGCUCCGCUGUGUCGAACUGCGUGACGACGAUUGACUUGAGGACCUUGUUGCCGAUUGUCGAGAGCUGGCUAGAUGCUUCUGUGACGCGGCUGAACGUCGUGCCAGGCGGCUGCUGCUUGUACGAGACGUCCGAGUGCUGCCAGGCCACCGAGCUGGUGCGGGCCUUGAAGAAGUCCCCGGCUCUGCCUUCUCGUGGGCCGUCCGUAUCAUCGACUCGUCAACUAUCCACAUCCUUGGUAGCGGCCUCCAUCGACGUGAUUGCCGAGUCUUCCAGCUCUCCGCACUUUGGCACAGCGAAUUGGGUGACAUGUAUUGACUUGCACUUUGCGCUAAAGACGCUAGCGACGACAGAGGAGGAGGGCGCGCCAGGGACGCUGGUGGUUAUUGUCAAGGCCGCGGCUCCAGCUAGCCGACGAGGACAUCAACCGCAUGUUCGACCAGGCCGCCAGGCGCGGUAACAAUCGAGGUGAAGCUGACCAGCUUGUCACUGAUGAACUCCCGCCCAAAGUAACCAUCAAGAGCCCGGUAGAGGCUCAAGGGUCUAGAAGCGGCCAGGUUGGCUGUCACCCAGCGCUCUUGGUU